GAAUAUACAACUCUCUCUCUCUCUCUCUUUCUCUCUGGUUUUCAGUGGCCUUAUCGCACCAUCUCCAUUCCUCUGCUGUAAAACUGAAAUUUGCAAUCAACAUAUACAAUAUUAUAUAUCUAUAUAUACAGACACAUCUGAAGGAGGAGUAAGGUGGUGGUGGAAAUGGCCGGAAAUGAUUGGAUAAACAGUUACUUGGAGGCGAUAUUGGAUGUCGGGCCGGGGAUCGACGACGCGAAGUCAUCGCUGCUACUGAGGGAGAGGGGCAGGUUCAGCCCCACCCGUUACUUCGUCGAGGAAGUCGUCUCCGGCUUUGAUGAGACCGAUCUUCACCGCUCUUGGGUCCGAGCACAAGCAACUCGGAGCCCCCAAGAGCGGAAUACAAGGCUGGAGAAUAUGUGCUGGCGGAUUUGGAAUUUGGCUCGCCAGAAAAAACAGCUUGAGGGAGAGCAAGCUCAGAGGCUGGCUAAGCGUCGUCAAGAACGUGAGAGGGGUCGCAGAGAGGCAGUAGCUGAUAUGUCAGAGGACCUAUCAGAAGGUGAGAAAGGGGAUGCAAUCAGUGAUAUUUCAGCCCAUGGUGAAAGCAUUAAAGGCCGAUUGCCUAGAAUUAGUUCUGUUGAGACAAUGGAAUCUUGGGCCAAUCAACAAAAGGGGAAGAAGUUGUAUAUUGUACUUAUAAGCUUACAUGGCUUAAUACGGGGUGAGAAUAUGGAGCUUGGGCGUGACUCAGAUACUGGUGGUCAGGUGAAGUAUGUUGUAGAACUUGCAAGAGCUCUAGGUUCAAUGCCGGGCGUAUAUAGGGUUGACCUGCUUACUAGACAAGUCUCAUCACCAGAAGUUGACUGGAGUUAUGGUGAACCCACAGAAAUGUUGACCCCGCUAAAUUCUGAAGGCUUGAUGACUGAGACGGGAGAGAGCAGUGGCGCUUAUAUAAUUCGUAUACCAUUUGGACCUAGAGAUAAAUAUAUUCCUAAAGAAGACCUGUGGCCUUACAUCCCUGAAUUUGUUGAUGGUGCUCUUAACCACAUUCUUCAAAUUUCAAAAGUUCUAGGGGAGCAAAUUGGUAGUGGGCGUGCUGUGUGGCCUGUUGCUAUACAUGGUCAUUAUGCAGAUGCUGGUGACUCUGCUGCUCUUCUGUCAGGUGCUUUAAAUGUACCAAUGCUUUUCACUGGUCACUCACUUGGACGAGAUAAGUUGGAACAACUGUUGAGACAAGGUCGAUUGUCAAAGGAUGAGAUAAAUUCAACCUAUAAAAUAAUGCGUAGGAUAGAGGCAGAGGAGUUAUCUCUUGAUGCUUCUGAAAUUGUCAUUACUAGCACAAGACAGGAGAUAGAUGAGCAGUGGCGUUUGUAUGAUGGGUUUGAUCCAAUACUAGAGCGUAAGCUUCGUGCUAGGAUCAAACGUAAUGUCAGCUGCUAUGGCAGGUUCAUGCCGCGCAUGGUUGUAAUUCCACCUGGGAUGGAGUUUCAUCAUAUUGUUCCGCAUGAAGGUGAUAUGGAUUUUGAAACAGAGGGAUCUGAAGAUGGAAAAUCCCCUGACCCACAUAUUUGGACAGAGAUAAUGCGCUUUUUUUCAAACCCAAGGAAGCCUAUGAUUCUUGCCCUUGCCAGGCCUGAUCCUAAAAAGAACCUCACUACUUUAGUGAAGGCAUUUGGUGAAUGUCGUCCAUUGAGGGAGCUUGCUAAUUUGACUCUAAUAAUGGGUAACCGUGACAACAUUGAUGAAAUGUCGAGCACCAAUGCAUCAGUUCUUCUUUCUAUACUGAAGAUGAUAGAUAAGUAUGACCUAUAUGGUCAAGUGGCUUAUCCUAAACAUCACAAGCAGUCUGAGGUUCCUGAUAUCUAUCGCCUUGCUGCAAAGACAAAGGGUGUUUUCAUCAAUCCAGCUUUUAUAGAGCCUUUUGGACUGACUUUGAUUGAGGCUGCAGCCCAUGGUCUCCCUAUUGUUGCCACAAAAAAUGGUGGGCCUGUUGAUAUACAUAGGGUUCUUGACAAUGGUCUCCUUGUUGAUCCCCAUGAUCAGCAUGCUAUAGCUGAUGCUCUUUUGAAACUGGUUGCAGACAAGCACCUGUGGGCUAAAUGCAGGGCAAAUGGAUUGAAAAACAUCCAUCUUUUCUCAUGGCCAGAGCAUUGUAAAACUUAUCUUUCUCGAAUAGCAGGUUGCAAGCCAAGGCAGCCAUGUUGGCUGAGAAAUGCUGAUGAUGAUGAAAACUCAGAAUCAGAGUCACCUAGUGAUUCCUUGAGGGAUAUACAGGAUAUAUCUUUGAAUUUAAAAUUUUCAUUGGAUGGUGAUAAAAAUGAGGAUUCUGAUAAUUUGUUCGACCCUGAUGAUCGAAAGAAUAAGUUGGAGAAUGCUGUCUUGGCUUGGUCCAAGGGUGUGAAGGGCACUCACAAAACUUCAAUUGAUAAAAUAGACCAGAGUUCUAGUGCUGGUAAGUUCCCAGCAUUGAGGAGAAGGAAGCAGAUAUUUGUUAUAGCAGUGGACUGUGAUGCCAGUACAGGUCUAUUUGAAAAUGUGAGAAAGAUCUUUGCAGCUGUGGAGGCGGAAAGGAUGGAAGGCUCCGUAGGGUUCAUAUUGGCCACUGCAUUCAAUAUAUCAGAAGUGCAUUCUUUUCUGAUUUCAGAGGGCAUGAAUCCUACUGAUUUUGAUGCUUUCAUUUGCAAUAGUGGUGGUGAUCUUUAUUAUUCAUCUUUCCAUUCUGAAGAUAAUCCUUUUGUAGUUGACUUGUACUACCAUUCCCACAUUGAAUACCGCUGGGGUGGAGAAGGGUUGAGAAAGACUUUAGUGCGUUGGGCAGCUUCUAUUUCUGAUAAGAAGGGUGAAAAAGAAGAGCACAUUGUUGAAGAUGAAAAGAAUUCAGCUGACUACUGCUAUACUUUUAAAGUUCACAAGUCUGGAGACCCCUCUGUUAAGGAGCUUAGGAAGUUGAUGAGAAUCCAGGCUCUCCGUUGUCAUGUCGUUUAUUGUCAAAAUGGCAGCAGGAUCAAUGUAAUUCCAGUGUUGUCCUCUCGUUCCCAAGCACUCAGGUACUUGUAUCUGCGGUGGGGUAUGGACUUGUCAAAGUUGGUGGUCUUUGUAGGCGAAAGCGGGGACACCGACUAUGAAGGAUUGCUUGGAGGUCUAAGGAAAGCUGUAAUACUGAAAGGAGUGUGCAGUGUUUCUAGCAGUCAACUUCUUUCGAAUAGGAAUUAUCCACUUACAGACGUCGUCCCUUACAACAGCCCCAACGUUAUCCAGACAACUGAAGAAUGCAGCAGCUCAGAACUCCGUGCUUCAUUGGAGAAGCUAGGUGUUCUCAAAGGAUAGAAUCCGCGGGAUAUUCUGUCCGGACCAGAGCUCGGAUGUUAUGAACAAGACGAAGUUAUUAGUUAUAGUCUUCUGGUUCUGGAGAUGUUACUCAAGUAAGAUUCAAAACUUUGUUGCUCGUUCUCAAAGACACACCUUAAUACUUGCUCUCAUUUGAUGCCUUCUUUGCAAUGCCUGUACAGUUGAAUUUGGUAUCUAUGUUGGAGGCAUGAUACAGUUUGAUAAUUCAGAAGAAAGUGA